UGUUGAAUUUUCUGUUUGCUGUCCCUGAUUUCAUUUGGGGUAUUUUGGAUUUAACUGCGAUGGAUGAUGUAAAAGCAAAAAUGCUAAAUUUUGAGCGCUCAAUCUCAUUCAUUUAUUAGUAGAAAACCAGCAUUAAUUCAAAUUACGCAAUCAAUUUAUCAACUUGCUGCUUCUCAUUUUUCUGUGAAUUGGGUAAUGCUCGUGGCAGCCCAUUUUUUCGGUUAUGGCUGCUGUUGCCGCAGAUUUUUCUGUUGAUUUUGGAGGAGGCGAGUUGAUGUAUUUUCGAGCCAAUGCUGCUUUGUUGUAGCUAAGACAAUGGAAUGGGAACUAGACAUGGAUUGUUCAAACAAUUUGUGGGUGACCUCUCUUUCCUCGACUCCACACCCUUUGGGAAGCUAUUGGACUCAUGCAUCCGAACCAAGUCGGCACGUGAUGCACGUCGCAUCCAUGCCCGUAUCAUCAAGACCCAAUUUUCCUCGGAGAUUUUUAUCCAGAAUAGGCUCAUUGAUGCUUAUGGAAAAUGUGGUUGCUUGGAUGAUGCACGCAAACUGUUUGAUAAAAUGCCUGAAAGGAACACUUUCACUUGGAACUCCAUUUUAAGCACAUUAAUGAAGUGGGGUUUAAUUGAUGAGGCUGUGAAGAUUUUUAGGUUAAUGCCUGAGCCUGACCAGUGCUCAUGGAAUUCGAUGGUAUCAGGGUUUGCCCAGCAUGACCACUUUGAAGAAUCUUUGGAAUAUUUUGUUAGAUUGCAUGGGGAGAAUUUUGUGCCAAAUGAAUACUCAUUUGGUAGUGCUCUUAGUGCUUGUGCAGGUUUAAGAGAGUUGAAAAUGGGUGUUCAAAUUCAUGCUGUAAUUGCAAAAUCCUCGUACUCAUCAGAUGUUUAUAUGGGGUCUGCACUUAUUGAUAUGUACUCUAAAUGUGGGAGUGUUUCUUGUGCACAAAGAGUUUUUGAUGGGAUGAAUGACCGGAAUACUGUUUCUUGGAACAGUUUGAUUACUUGUUAUGAGCAGAAUGGCCCAGCAAGCGAAGCCUUGGAAGUUUUUGUGAAGAUGAUGGACUGUGGGUUCAAACUGGAUGAACUAACUUUAGCCAGUGUGGUAAGUGCAUGCGCAAGCUUGUCUGCAAUAAUGGAAGGUCAGCAAAUACACGCUUGUGUUGUAAAAUGUGAUAAAUACAGGGAUGAUCUUGUUCUGUGCAAUGCAUUAGUUGAUAUGUAUGCAAAAUGCAAAAGAGUAAAAGAAGCCAGGUGGAUUUUUGAUGGGAUGCCUGUUAGAAAUGUUGUUUCAGAAACUUCCAUGGUAAGUGGAUAUGCAAAAUCGGCAAGCGUAAAAGCAGCAAGAUUGAUGUUUACAAGGAUGAUGGAAAGAAAUAUAGUCUCUUGGAACGCACUUAUUGCAGGGUACACACAGAAUGGGGAAAAUGAAGAGGCCCUUGGACUCUUUCUCCUCCUGAAGAGGGAGUCUGUUCUGCCAACCCACUAUACAUUUGGGAAUCUACUCAAUGCUUGUGCAAGUCUUGUUGAUCUGCAGCUUGGCAGGCAGGCUCAUGUACAUGUAUUGAAGCACGGAUUUCAAUUCCAGGUCGGGGAAGAGCCUGAUAUUUUUGUCGGGAAUUCUCUAAUAGAUAUGUAUAUGAAAUGUGGAUCUAUUGAAGAUGGCUGUCGUGUUUUUAAAAAUAUGUUGCAAAGGGAUUAUGUAUCCUGGAAUGCCAUGAUUGUGGGGUAUGCACAAAAUGGUUACGGGAUUGAAGCUCUUGAAUUAUUUAGAAAAAUGUUGGCAUCAGGGGAGAAACCAGACCAUGUCACUAUGAUUGGUGUGCUAUGCGCUUGUAGCCACGCAGGAUUGGUUGAUGAAGGGAAAAAGUACUUUUACUCAAUGAGUGAGGAGCAUGGUUUGGUACCAUUGAAGGACCAUUAUACAUGUAUGGUUGAUCUGCUUGGUCGAGCUGGCUGCCUUAUUGAUGCCAAAAAUUUGAUAGAGGUCAUGCCAAUGCAACCUGAUGCUGUUAUAUGGGGGUCUUUGCUUGCUGCUUGUAAAGUUCAUCGUAACAUUACCUUAGGGGAGUAUGUGGCCGAGAAGCUCUUAGAUAUUGAACCUAAGAACUCUGGACCAUAUGUUCUUCUCUCAAACAUGUAUGCCGAGCUCGGGAGAUGGGCUGAUGUUAUACGAGUAAGGAAGCUGAUGAGGCAACGUGGAGUUGUCAAGCAGCCAGGUUGCAGUUGGAUUGAAAUACAGGGUCAUGUGCAUGUUUUCCUGGUGAAAGAUAAAAGGCAUCCUCAAAGGAAAGAAAUACAUGAUGUUUUGAAGUUGCUUCUUGAACAGAUGAGGCGAUCUGGAUAUGUCGAAGAUGCUUGUGAUCUCGAGUCCGAUGAAGAACAUGGUGAAUCCCAACUAACCUCAUUGUACCACAUCGAUAUGUUGGAAGAUGCAGCAGUCGGGUGAUUUUCCUCGAUAAAAUUUGGUAAAUACUCUUCUUCAUUCUUGGAAACAAAAAAGAAAAGAAAGCUCGCAGAGUAAUGUCAUACUUUAUUGUUAUCAUGCCUAUGUUUCUUCAUUUCAAUUUAUGGUGGAUGAUUAUGCAUUGGGUGGAAAAGAGAGAAUCUCUAUGUUUUGGGGCAGAUUAUAGUGAGCUUCUUUAGUAAUGGAUCCAUUCAAUGAUGAUUCAGAUUCCUCCUUGGAUGUAAGUAGCGAUUUUGAUUCACCUGAAAAGCUGCUGUUCAUAUCACGGUUUAUAUGCAGAGGGCAAGAUGCAACUGAGGUAAAGUCUAUAUCACCUACACAGGCAUACAGCCUUCCCCAGUUUUGCAUCUUCAGAUUUCAGUAGGCAUACAAGUUAUCUGCCGCCUGACUUAUGGGAUAAAUUGCCAUUCUAAGUUGAAGGCUGUCCAUAAGAAUGGAAGGCGAUCCCCAUCCCUUUACCGAACUAAGAAACAUGGCUUCCGUGUCAGUAUCGACCCAUGGAGACUGAUAAAGUUGAGCAAAGAGAAAGCAUUGAUAGCAGCAGAGAAAGGAUUCGAACCACUACCGUUAGAGACCAAAUGUGGACCACCGAUGAUGAGCACACAUAAUAAAAGCGCGGCCACUGCAGGAUCAGGCUUUACACCUCUGAUAUCCAAAGGGUGGAUGCCAGGGUCACCGGCGAAAAGUUUUGAAGCCCAAGAAGGCGGUUUUCUGGCUCACCAACCAUGUUCUCUGGCAUUGUGGCCUCACCAAAGAACAAGUAGAAAAAAAGAAUAAAAAAAAAGUACUAUUAGAGAAAAAAUUUUGACUUGAAACUGACAGAGGUGUAAUUUUACAUUCAUGGAAAUGCAUGUUAAUGGUAUUCAUGUUGUUCUACAUCAAA